AUGGCACAAGCUAUAGCUUCCAUGAGUUUCUUCUGCACACGUCCAAUUCUCAAAGGCUUCAUCACUCCUCUGCAAAAGAAAAACUGCCCUCUGAAAUUCGGGGCCUCCAACUCGAACUUGAACUCGAAUACAAUUCAGUUCGCCAUCGAAGCACUAGAAGAGAUGGCCAAGAAUCAUAUUCUUGCAGACUCAAACCAUGUAUUGGAACUAAUGCAGUUGGCAGUCGACACGCAAUCCAUGGAGGGUGGAGAUCGAAUCUACGAAUACAUCAUCAGAUUCUCCUCCGGCUACAAUGUUACAAUUUUCAACCAAUUGAUCCACAUGUAUCUCAAGCUGGGAGAUUACAGAAGAGGCGGCCGUAUCUUCGAGCAGAUGCUUUGCAGGAACAUUGAUUCCUGGAAUAUGAUGAUAACAGCGUUGGUGGAAAAUGGAGAAGCAGAAGCAGCAAUUCAAGUUUUCACCAGAUUAUCCAAAGAAGACGAUAAACUUAAGCCCGACAAGACUACAUUUGCCGCUGUUCUGAAAGCAUGCGAAUGUGUAGGAGAUGUGGAGAGAGGGAGGGCAUAUUUUGCAUCAAUGAGCAAAGAUUAUGGCAUCACUCCCUCCUCGGAUCACUGCAUGAGCUACGCAAAUCUUGUAAGGAAAUCCAACGAGAAUGCAGCAGAUGACGACGCCAGAGAGAUCCUCUCUAGAAUACCUGCAGCACAAGUUACACAGCAGCAGAAGGUAAUAGGCAACAAGAGGAUACAGCAGAGCCUUGUUUCUAGGAGAAAUCAAGCACCCGCAGACAGAAGCAUGGCUUAUGACAAGCUUGUCUCGUUGAGCAAGAAGGCGAAGGAAGCUGGUUACAUACCUGAUACAAGGUAUGUCCUCCAUGACCUGGAUCGUGAGGCGAAAGAGAGAGCCCUCCUUUAUCACAGUGAAAGAUUAGCCAUUGCGUACGGGCUUAUCAGCACGCCACCGGGGACUACGUUGAGAGUCAUCAAGAACCUCAGGAUUUGUGGAGACUGCCACAAUUUCAUCAAGAUCCUGUCCACUUUUGAGAAAAGAGAAUUUAUUGUAAGAGAUAAUAAGAGAUUUCAUCAUUUCAAGGAUGGAGAAUGCUCCUGUAGAGACUUCUGGUAGACAAAUUACACCAUUUGGUUAUAUUAGCAAAUAGUAUCAAUUUAUUAGUUACAUGGCCAACAAA